AUGCCCUCAAUCCGCAAAGUCAUCACUGUCUUCUUCUCUCAUGCCACGAUUGGAGUCGCUGUUCUCGUCGCCAAGCUCUUCUUUGAUGAGCAUCAAAGAAAAAAGGGACAAGGAACUGAGAAAGAAAAUGAGCAAAGAACUCCUAGACACGCUGGAAAAGACGGAGCCGAACCAGAAGAGAGAGUUCAAAUUCUGUCGUGA